UCGGACACGACCAAGACACGACACUGCUCGCCAUCUAUCACGACCAGAGUAAGCUGUAACAACGAUGAGCGUUAAGAAAAGUAAACUUGAUCUUUUGGUCCGCGUCCGCUAUUCCAACCCCCUCCCUGCUCCGCCAUGUCCGCCCAAAUUGCUUCAGAUAUCAACGAAUCCAAUGCGAUAUACAAAACCUGAGUUUAUUAAUGCUGUGGCCGACUAUACCCCUCUGCCCAUGAUAGUUGACGCUGAGUGCGGCAUGCCGCUUGAUCUCGCGAAGUUUGCUUGUCUUUGGGAAGAAGGAGUCGAUGACUCAGAGUUAAACCCCGAUCCGAAGCAUCGACCUCAAUUAGACCCUGAAGACCAAUUCUUGCUGGGUGACCCCAAUGCAACAUCAAUGCCAACCAGCUCUUCUAUGCCUUCGACACCACACGCCGCGCAUGUAACAUGGUUGCGGAAAACUGAAUAUCUGAGUCGUGAAGGGGUUUCCAAAGCUUCCUUGUCUCAAGAAGCGAAACUCCCUGAUGCCCCGAUUGAUAUCUCUCGGGCGGCACAAAUACGAGAUAUCGAAGCGUCGUUCAUGUCAUCGAAUGAGGCAUUCGACCUCACUAAGCUUCGCCAUCCGAACAAGCCCAACGUGACCGCUGUCGAUUCGUAUGAGAUACUCCCGGAUGCGGAUAUUUGGGCUAAUGCAUAUGACUUGUUCCGCUUCUCUGAGCGACCUGGAGAGCGACCUGUAGACGUGGAUGACCCUCGUCUAAACUGUGCUAUCCUCAGACCUAUGGAGUCCGAUGGAGACCACUUUUUAGCUUAUUACCUUACUAAAGACGAUGACUCUGCGAUCGAGUUUACUCGGGCCAGGAACGAGCGCUAUGGCACUGUGAUUGAAGAAGAGGAGCCAACUGCAUUCCACUUCGUGCGCGACUAUGAGGUAGUCAAGGUUGAGCAAGAAGUGCCUAAUGAAUUUCUCCUUGUCAUCGACGAGGGAGACACUCAAGUACCUCCUGAUGACGAUGGCGAGUCGAAACUGGGGCGAAGAGCGAAGGGCGCAUACUACAAAAAUAUCGAACGGAAAAUGAUACUGAAGAAGAAGAGACAAAAUAUACACGAGGCGUACCUGGACAAGUGGCAUGUCGUCAAGGUGUCUCACGUCCCCAUGAGUAAGGAGGAGGAAGACGAGCGAGAUGAGACUAUGGCAGAAGUCAUGGACCCUAUGUAUCUCCUGCCGAGAGGGGACGCCGACGCUGAAGGUGAGGUGGACGACACCAUGGUAGAUCCUGCAGGACUUCCCUCGUCGCAUGCAGAAGGAGAGUCGAUAGAUAUCACGGGCAUUCCGUAGCGCUCCCACUCUCGUAGCUCGUCUGCUCUUAUUUCCUCAUGACUACGUACAUAGUGGCACAUGUGUAGCCAAUCCCCCUUGUGACUUCUGACAACUUUGCAGUGAAAGGUGUGUAAUGUAGCGGGCGAUUUUCAUUUCGGCGUCUGUGCGGGUACGGACUGUGCAUCGGGAAGGCUACAG